GUACGCCCCGCCUUCUCUACAAUGCUCUCGCUCAUUCCAAGUGCGGAGCUGCUGGAAUAUUUAUCAACUAUCUCGGGAUACGGUCUAUAUAUAUAUAAUUAUAUAUAUAUAUUUCACCCCUCCGAUCCGACUUGUUGAGUUCUCCUUGAGGUCAGGGUGAUGCCGCGGGCACUGCCCUCGUUGUGAUCUUCGUCAGCGACCCCACAGGAAAACUGCAGACAAACAAAAUGGCGACAACGUCGCCCACCCACAGUGACAGCAGCGGCUCGUCCAAACACGACGGCGAGCGCUCAAGUGCACAGGACAGCUGGGAGAUCGUGGAGGGCCUGAGGGGAGGGCCAGCUAACAUCCAGGAGCCGGAGAGCCAGGAGGGCUACCUGCUGAAGAGAAGGAAAUGGCCCAUGAAAGGAUGGCACAAGAGGUACUUUGUUCUGGAGAAAGGCAUUCUGAAGUAUUCAAAGCGGGAAGCGGAUCUGAGGAAGGGAAAGCUGCACGGCUGCAUCGACGCCGGUCUGUCCGUCAUGACGAUCAAGAAGAAGGCCAUGUGCAUCGAUCUGGACACAGAGGACAACAUCUAUCACCUGAAGGUCAAGUCCCCCGAGCUGUUCGAGGAGUGGGUGGGAAAGCUCCGCAACCACCGCGUGUUCCGUCAGAACGAGAUUGCCAUGUACCCCCACGAGAGGCACCUGUUCCACCCCCACACCUCGCCCUCGGCCUCCCUCAACGACUCCAUGAGGAAGAGGGCUACACUCACCAAGCAGGCGUCCGUUCACCAGGCAAAGCUCAGUGCCUGGCUCCACACCUCGGAGGACAUGGAAAACUGCUGCAGAGACUUGGAGGAAUGUGGGUCCUACCUUUUGGAACUCAACCUGCUGCUGAAGAGCAUGGAAGUCCUUCACCGCACGUACUCCGCCCCAGCCAUAAGUGCACUACAGGCUUCGACGUACGACAUCCCAAAGAAGGAGAAACGGCCGAGAAGAUGGCGCUCCAAGAACAGCGGCAAGGAAGGCAAAACCUCCCUGCAGGUCCCCAGCUGCAUCUCCUCCAAAAACCCUCGCCUCCACGCCUCCAACCCCAACCUGUCCACCGCCGAGCCCGUCUCCCCCGACGCCUUCCCCGAGUCCCCGGACUCGCCUACCGACGCCAACCGGCUACAGGAGGACUUCUGCAGGCUGGCCAACAACAUCCACACCACGCUGAAGUCGGCCUUCAGCUCCCUGUCGAUGGAAAGAGACCGUGUGAGGCACACCGUGGACCUGACAGCUCCUCAGUCGCAACAGGUUUUAGGCCUCAAGACUACCUACUCCGGGGACUGCCCAGACACGUCCCGCCCCCUCGUCCACCAGGCUUCCAAUGACAGCAAAACUUCCAUCACGGAUUCCAUGUCCGAGUUCUUCGACGCCCAUGAGUACUUCCUCUCGUCUUCUUCCUCUGAGAACGAGGCAUCGGAUGACGAUUCCUACAUCAGCGAUGUCAGCGACAGUGUCUCCAUGGAUACCUACAGCAACGAGGGGGGCAACGAAAGGCAAACCUUAGACGGCGUCUACUCUUCCUCGGAGCCCCUGGUGCGUCGCCGCUCCACGCUGCCGUCGCCCAGCCCGGGCUGCGGCGGCGUGAGCGUGUGGAACAUCCUGCGCAACAACAUCGGCAAGGACCUGUCCAAGGUGGCCAUGCCCGUGCAGCUCAACGAGCCAAUCAACACGCUGCAGCGGCUCUGUGAGGAGCUGGAGUACAGCGAGCUGCUGGACACGGCCAGCCACACCCAGGACCCCCACCAGCGCAUGGUUUACGUGGCUACGUUUGCGGUGUCUGCUUACGCGUCCAGCUACCACCGGGCGGGCAGCAAGCCCUUCAACCCCGUUCUGGGAGAGACCUACGAGUGCUCCAGGACCGACAAGGGCUUCCGCUUCAUCGCUGAGCAGGUGAGUCAUCACCCACCUGUUUCCGCGUGUCACUGCGACUCAAAGAACUUCACCUUUAGCCAAGAUAUGCGCUGGAAGAACAAGUUCUGGGGGAAAUCCAUGGAGAUAGUUCCCAUGGGAACCACACAUGUCACCCUACCUGCGUUUGGGGACCACUACGAGUGGAACAAAGUGACCUCCUGCAUCCACAACAUCCUGAGCGGUCAGCGGUGGAUCGAGCACUACGGGGAGAUGACCGUACGCAACCUCAACAGCGACGGCUGCCAGUGCAAAGUCACCUUCGUCAAGGCAAAGUCGUGGAGCUCGACCGUGAACGAGAUCGAAGGCGUGGUGACGGACGCGGAUGGGAGGGUUGUACACUCCAUAUUUGGCAAGUGGCAUGACAGCCUCUACCAAGGGGACCCGCCCAUGUCCACUUGCAUCUGGAGAGCAAACCCCAUGCCCCUGGCCCACGAGCAGUACUACGGCUUCACCAAGUUUGCGGUGGAGCUGAACGAGCUGGCCCCCGACCUGAGGGCCCUCCUGCCCCCCACGGACACCCGCUUCAGGCCUGACCAGAGGAUGUUGGAGGAGGGUAACGUGGAUGGUGCUGAGGAACAGAAGCAGCGCCUGGAGCAGCUGCAGCGAGAGAGGAGACAGGUUCUGCAGGACAACAACUUGACUCACAAGCCACGCUUCUUCAGAAAGUCAAAGGACGACACUUGGGUGACCGACAACACGUACUGGGAGCAGCGGCGGGACCCUGGCUUCUCCAAGAUGGACUUUGCCCCUCUGUGGUGAUGAGAGGGGAGGGGAGGGGGGGGGGGGCUGGCUUCUGUCCUUCUCGUGCCCCAUGCGUGGGCAUCUCCGUCCUCCCGCUGCAACACUGAGGAGAAAGGACGCCACGGACCAGUUGACCUGCUCCUGGAGGAUGCCGACCUGGAGGAUGCCGACUCACCAUGACUCUCCUGGAGUCAUGGUGACCGUAACCAAUUAUGGAUUUCCUACUUCCUGUUUUUUUUUUUCUUUUUCUCUCUCUUCUGGACCAAAACUGAACAGGAUGGUGACGGCUGCUUCAUAUUUCACUCUCGCACUGCUGUUUUAAAUUAUGUUGAUCAAGAACUUUAGGGUACGGUUGAUCACCCUAUUUCAUUUUUUUUUUUCCACCUCAUCGGAAGGUGUAUUCUGAUUUGACAAGUGAGCUAUUAGUGUUGCUAAUGCAUAUAAUGCAUAGUCCUAUUUAAUCUAUACACACACACCCAUAUCACAAUCGUGCCUUUUUAAGAUAAUGCUGUUCUCAAACAACUGCUGUAGCAGUUAUAUACGCAGAUACACACACACACACACACACACACACACACACACACACACACACACACACACCACUAACACACUUAUGAUUGCCAUUUGAGGCAGACUACUUGAUGAUAUUAUCAAAUCAGAUUUCCAGAUUCAUUCUGUUUGGUGGAAAACAAAAUGUUUGAUGGGCCUCAAAGGUGAAACUUGGAUUUGUUCAUCCUAUUGGUGUUGGGACUACAUGAACUCAAACUACAACCAUAAUGCUGCCUUCUCGCCAUCAGUCAUUACCUUAGUAAUAGUGUUCCGCAGUUGAGGGGGAAAAUAAUGCAAUAAUACUUUGUCUGAAGGGAAUAAAAUGUUAAAGGGUUGAACAAACA